AUGGAUUCCUAUAUGAGGAAGGCGCUCUCCUUUGUAGGAGCGGCAGAGUCUAUCGUUGCUUUUCCGGUGGUGGCUACCCUGCUGACGGAUCUGAGGAUCAUCAACACGGAGAUGGGUCAGCUGGCCUUAUCUUCCUCCAUUAUCAAUGACAUAUUCAACGUCAGUUUUGCAAUGGUGAGUACCAACCUCAAGUUAGGCAGGAUAAGUAGGAGGAUAUUACUAUAUGCGCUGUCAGCGAAUGUGGGGUAUCUGAUAUUUGUGGUGUUCGUCAUUCGGCCCAUAAUGCUUUGGGUGGUUAGGAACACACCAGAAGGCAAACCUGUGAAGAAGGCAUAUAUCAGAUUCAUCCUUGUGGUGGCGCUCAUGUCGUCAUUUUGUAGUAUAAUUAUGGGGCACAAUGCUUAUAUGGGGCCUCUUCUUCUUGGAUUGGCUGUACCAGAUGGACCACCCCUGGGAUCGGCUUUGGUUGAUAGGCUCGAAUCCUUCGUUUCUGGAUUGAUGUUGCCGCUUUUCUUAACCGUCAGCGGCCUCAGGACCAAUUUCUAUAAAAUACAAGGAUUCAAGUUCGUAGGGGCGCUGGCCUUGGUGAUGCUUACGGCCAACUUUGGAAAGCUCACGGCCGCAACGCUGUCUUUGUUAUAUUUCAAGGCGCCCUUGACAGAAGCGCUGUGCCUUGGUUUCAUCAUGAGUUCCAAAGGCAUCGUCGAGAUGUCCAUUUACAAUGUUUGGAAGGACGAGAAGAUCCUGGACGAAGGGUUGUUCAGUGUUCUGGUUAUGUCAGUGGCUUUGGCAGCAACGUUCAUGCCGAUGUUCGCGACAGUGUUCUACAAUCGUUCAAUCGAAUAUGCAGAUAUAAGGAGGCAAAGAAACAUCCCUCGCCACAAACAGAUCCGCAUUAUGGUAUGCAUCCUUACCCAUGAAAACGUUGCCAUCAUGAUCAGGAUGUUACAAGCAUCAAACCCCAGUAUAAGGAAGCCCAUCCAUGUGUGUACUCUACACCUUAUCCAGCUGGUUGGGCGUGCAUCACCAGUCCUCCUCUGCCACACUACCUCCAUGAAGCCCAAACCAUCUCCCUCGGAGCGCAUCAUCAAUGUAUUUCACUGCUUUGAGCGAUCUCUCUGUGGAGCCAUCACAUUUCAAGCUUUCAGUGCAAUGUCUCCACGCGAACUCAUGCACAAUGACAUAUGGAAGAUUGCACACCAGGAGGACAUCUCCUUAAUAAUCCUUCCCUUCCACAAAACAUGUGAAAUCGGUGGCACACUGCAGCAGGCUUCAGGCUCUGCCGCCUUUGGUGCAGCUGUGAGGAACCUCAAUCUCAAUGUCCUCGCAACUGCACCUUGCUCCGUCGGCCUUAUUAUUGAUCGUGGUCUCUUUGCUGCCUCCACCACCGCCAUGUCACUGGAGCAACUCUCACUUCGUGUGGCUGUCAUCUUUUUGGGUGGUGCAGACGACCGAGGAGCAUUGCUACAUGCUUCCCGGAUGGUGGAAGGUCCAACCACAGCUUCCCUCCAAGUCACACAGUUGAUCCUCUCCGACUGUUCUAAUCCCAACGAUUGGAACGUCAAAUUUGACACCGCAGCCAUCACCAAUUUUAAAUCAACCACCUCCCAUUGUAAAAAUGUUUUCUUCAGAGAAGAGGUGGUGGAAGACGAAGAGCAGAUGGUGAAGAUUAUUCGAUCCAUUCACACUAGCUCUGACCUUAUAUUGGUGGGAAGGCGCCACACCAUGGAAUCCCAGAUCAUGGCCGGGAUUGGAGAAUGGUCUGAAUUCCCAGAGCUAGGUGUGAUAGGGGACGUACUUGCUUCAUCCGAUACAGAUGGCCGAUUUUCAGUCUUGGUGUGGCAACACCAAGCAGGUUAA